AUGUUAUUAUCACUCAUUGAUUUACCAUUCAAAUUAGAUAAAGAUAAUUUCAAUAUUUUCAUUAUAAUAUCAUUUAUAUUAUCAACUUUAUCAUCAUUAUUAUGGUUUUAUAAUUCAAAAUCAAAUCCCCCAAAACCAUUACCUUCCAAACUUGCUCAAAAUAAUAAAAGAAAACCAGGUCAUUGGAUCCCAGAAGAUUAUAAAUUUCCUAAACCACAACCAUAUCCAAAUUGGAAUAUUUAUGAUUCAGAUCCAAUUGCUUAUAGACCUUUUAAACAUAAAUAUAAUGUUACUAUGGGUAUAAGAAAUAUGAAUCCUGAAGAAUGGAUUGAAAUUGAUAAUAAAUGGUUAGAAUUCCAUGAAUUAAAGAAACAAAGAUUACAAACAAAAGGAAAAGAUUUAUAUGGAACUUUACCAAUUGCUUAUGAUGCUUCAUUGGAAUUAUUAGAUGAAUUGAAAAAUUAUUUACCUGAACGUUAUCCAUCAAUGUUUAAAUAUAAUUCCACAACAGGUGUCUUAUCAAAUUUAAUCACUGGUGAAGAUUGGGGAACUUUUGAUCUUAAAACCAAAGAAAUUGAUCCAAUGUUUAUUAUAACUAAUUUAUUACAAGAUGAUAUUGCAAUAAUGAUUGAACUUGAGGAUGGUCAAUAUUAUUUAAAAGCUGGUGCUAUUGUCCUUCCAGGUUUUUGGAGAUUAACAGAUAAAUUAAACAUGCCAUUAUCAGAAAUACAUACUUCAGGAGAUGUACCAAAAUAUAAUACUCAUCUCAAGAAAUCAAUGGAAAAAUUCUUUACAAGAUUAAAACCUGAAACUUCUGUGUUAAGAAAUAAUUAUUUUAUCCAAACUGAUAAACAUCUUGAUUGGUCUUCAAGUAUUGGGAAAGAAUCUGAACAAGGGGUUGGUUGGUAUACUGCACCCGUUGCAACUGAUAUAAAUCAAAUUUAUUAUAGAUCUGAAAGACAAAGUUUAAGAAAAUUACCCAAGACAGGUGCUGUGGUUUUCACUAUAAGAACUUAUUUCAUUCCAAUUAUUGAAAUUGUUGAUGAACCUUAUGUUCCAUUAAGAUUAUUAAAUGGAUUAACUAGUUGGAGUAAUGAUGUUAGAGAAUAUAAAGGUUUUAAUAAAUUUAAAGAUGUUUUGUUACCUUAUUUGGAAGGGAAGGCUAAAGAACAAGAGGUUUUGGGGUAUACAAGAGAAAAUGAAAAAGAUAAUUUCCCACUUUAA